GCCAGUCGCCCGUCCUGCGCCCGGGCCCGGCCCCCGACGGCCGCGCGUUGAGAUGACUUUCCGCGACCUCCUGAGCGUCAGUUUCGAGGGACCCCGCCCUGACAGCAGCGCGGGGGGCUCUAGCGCGGGCGGCGGCGGGGGCGGAGCGGGCGGCGCGGCCGCCUCGGAGGGCCCGGCAGUGGGCGGCGUGCCGGGAGCCGCGGGCGGCGGCGGCGGCGGCGUGGUGGGCGCGGGCGGCGGCGAGGACAACCGGAGCUCCGCCGGGGAGCCGGGGGGCGCGGGCGCGGGCGGCGAGGUGAACGGCACGGCGGCCGUCGGGGGGCUGGUGGUGAGCGCGCAGGGCGUGGGCGUGGGCGUCUUCCUGGCCGCCUUCAUCCUCACCGCGGUGGCGGGCAACCUGCUGGUGAUCCUCUCCGUGGCCUGCAACCGCCACUUGCAGACAGUCACCAACUAUUUUAUUGUGAACCUGGCCGUGGCCGACCUGCUGCUGAGCGCCACGGUGCUGCCCUUUUCGGCCACCAUGGAGGUUCUGGGCUUCUGGGCCUUCGGCCGGGCCUUCUGCGACGUGUGGGCCGCUGUGGACGUGCUGUGCUGCACGGCCUCCAUCCUCAGCCUCUGCACCAUCUCGGUGGACCGCUACGUGGGCGUGCGCCACUCGCUCAAAUACCCCGCCAUCAUGACCGAGCGCAAGGCGGCCGCCAUCCUGGCACUGCUCUGGGCCGUAGCCCUCGUGGUGUCCGUGGGGCCGCUGCUGGGCUGGAAGGAGCCGGUGCCCCCUGACGAGCGCUUCUGCGGCAUCACGGAGGAGGCAGGCUACGCCGUCUUUUCCUCGGUGUGUUCCUUCUACCUGCCAAUGGCCGUCAUCGUGGUCAUGUACUGCCGCGUGUACGUGGUAGCGCGAAGCACCACGCGCAGCCUCGAGGCGGGCGUCAAGCGGGAGCGCAGCAAGGCCUCGGAGGUGGUGCUGCGCAUCCACUGUCGCGGAGCCAGCACAGGCGCCGCCGAUGGGGUGCGCAGUGCCAAGGGCCACACCUUCCGCAGCUCCCUGUCCCUGCGCCUGCUCAAGUUCUCCCGCGAGAAGAAGGCGGCCAAGACGCUGGCCAUCGUCGUGGGCGUCUUCGUGCUCUGCUGGUUCCCCUUCUUCUUCGUCCUGCCGCUUGGCUCCCUGUUCCCGCAGCUGAAGCCGUCAGAGGGCGUCUUCAAGGUCAUCUUCUGGCUGGGCUACUUCAACAGCUGCGUGAACCCGCUCAUCUACCCGUGCUCCAGCCGCGAGUUCAAGCGUGCCUUCCUCCGCCUGCUGCGCUGCCAGUGCCGGCGUCGCCGGCGCCGCCGUCCCCUCUGGCGCGUCUACGGCCACCACUGGCGGGGCUCGACCGGCGGCCCGCGCCCCGACUUCGCUCCCGGCCGCGACGCCGCGCCUCCUGGGGCCCCGCUGGCCCUCACCGCGCCCUCGGCCCCCGGCUCCCCCGGCACGCCCGAGGCGCAGGCUCCUGUGGCCGGGCGUCGAAAGCCGCCCUGCGCCUUCCGCGAGUGGAGGCUGCUCGGGCCGUUCCGGAGACCCACCACCCAGCUGCGCGCCAAGGUCUCCAGCCUGUCGCACAAGAUCCGCGCCGGGAGCGCGCAGCGCGCAGAGGCCGCCGCCACCCUGCGGGCGGAGGUGGAGGCCGUGUCCCUGGGAGUCCCCCACGACGUGGCCGAGGGCGCCACCUGCCAGGCCUACGAACUGGCCGACUACAGCAACCUCCGGGAGACUGAUAUUUAGGGACCCCGAGCGAGGCCGGGGAGUGUGCUGGGGAAGGAGGACAGGGGCUGCGGGUGGGGGAAGCGGGGAGGGCGGUGAGGGAGGCUUGGCUUUGUUCAGGAGGCCGGGGCCGGAUCAGGGACCCGGACACGGAUCAGGGCGGCUGCCCUGUGGCCUCCCUGAGGAACUGAGGCGGGGGUAGGGCCCUGGAAAGGUGAAAAGUUGUGGCCCCCUCCUGGACACAGGUGCCUGGAGCUCCUCCUUUCGGAGGAAGGGGCUGCGGGUUCCGGGGGGGCCAUUUGCUCCCAAUCCCUGUUUGAGAAAUACUGCCCCAUCCAUGCCCUGAACCCUGGACAGACAGCCUCAAGUGUGGCGAGGCAGGCCCGCCCCUCCUCUUGGGGAGGAAGGGUCGCAGAGGCCCUGCCUGGCUGUCCCCAGUGCCUCCCCUAGGGAAAAAGUCAGUGGAACCAGGGCUUCUCCAUGGACACAAUUUCUCCUUACUGCCGACUGGAGGAACCCAGUGGACCUGCCGCCACCACCAAUAAGCUUUGGUGACAGAUUGGAUGACCAUCCUACAAGCCUGUUGUAUUUACCCAUGGACUCACUCCCCCCUACAGAGGCUCCUCCAUGCAUACCACAUCACCUGGCCCUGCCCCUCAUUAUGUCCCAAGGGCCUUACUGUUUACACUCUGUACAUAGUGCCUGUGCCCAUCACUUCUUGCCGGGAUCUGGAGCCAUCAAAUGGGGAGAGCUUUAUUUGUCAUUUUGAGACAUAUUUAUUGGUAAGAGUACUUCUAUUUUGUCCAAACUGUGCAAACGGUCCCUCUUUAGCUUGUAACCCAUAAAGAACUACCUUUUUUUUUUUUUUUCUAAACUCCUUCAAGUUCUAAAGCCCCACAAGAGGAUAGAUUGGGUCUGCGUU